GAUUAAAGCGCACGGAGGAGACCGGGUGCCCUCCGCUCUGUCCUCCGCCAUGGAGCAGCUGAAGGGCUCGGCCAUGCUUCUGCUGGAGCUGCUGAUUCUGGGGGGGCUGAGAGCGGGGGAGGGCUCUGCUGUCCUGGGCACCCUGGAUCUGCAAAUCGACGAGGAGCAGCCAGCCGGCACCAUCAUCGGGGACAUCAGUGCGGGGCUGCCCCCUGGGACUGCUGCCUACAUGUAUUUCAUCUCGGCGCAGGAGGGCAGCGGCGUUACCACCGACCUGGGCAUAGAUGAGAACACCGGCAUCAUCAAAACCGCGCGUGUCCUGGACCGCGAGACUCGGGACCGCUACAGCUUCAUUGCUGUUACGCCGGAGGGCAUCACGGUGGAGGUGAACAUCCAAGUGAAUGACAUCAACGACCAUGCUCCGGCCUUUCCCAAGCAGCACAGCACCUUCCAGAUCCCGGAGCACACCCCCAUUGGCACCAGGUUUCCCCUGGACCCGGCCUUUGAUGCUGACAGUGGCCUACUCAACACACAAGGCUAUGCCAUUAAGGGAGAGAACGCAGGGCAGGCCUUCCGCCUGGAAACACGCCGAGGACCCAAUGGGGUCCUGUAUUUGGACCUGGUGGUCAGCAACGUCUUGGAUCGGGAGAACCGUUCAUCGUACUCCCUGCUGCUGGAAGCCUAUGAUGGGGGCUCUCCUCCCCGGAGCACCCAGAUGACGCUGGAUGUGUCCAUCCAGGACAUCAACGACAACGCUCCGAGCUUCAACCAGAGCCGCUAUCACACUCUCAUCUCGGAGAACCUGAAACCUGGCAGCAGCAUCCUGCAGGUCUUUGCCUCUGACGCGGACGAGGGUGACAACGGGGAUGUGAUCUACGAGAUCAACAGGCGGCAGAGCGAUCCGGACCAGUACUUCACCAUCGAUGCCCGGACUGGAGUCAUCAAGCUCAACAAGGGCCUGGACUAUGAGGUGAGGAAGGUGCACGAGCUGGUGGUGCAGGCGAGAGAUAAGGCUGUCCACCCGGAGGUCACCACAGCCUUCGUCACCAUUCACGUGCGCGACUACAAUGACAACCAGCCCACCAUGACCAUCAUCUUCCUGAGUGAAGACGGCUCCCCUCAGAUCUCCGAGGGAGCCCAGCCCGGCCAGUACGUGGCUCGCAUCUCUGUUUCCGACCCGGACUACGGCGAGUACUCCAAUGUCAACGUCACGCUGGAGGGAGGCGACGGCAAGUUCGCCCUCACUACCAAGGACAACAUCAUCUACCUCAUCUGCGUGGACCAGCUUCUGGACCGGGAAGAAAGAGACUCCUAUGAUUUGCGGGUGACAGCUACUGACUCGGGAACGCCGCCGCUGCGGGCGGAGUCAGCCUUCGUGCUGCAGGUGGUGGACGUCAAUGACAACCCCCCGCUCUUCGACCAGCAGGAGUACAAGCAGAGCAUCCCCGAGGUGGUGUACCCAGGCAGCUUCGUCCUGCAGGUGACGGCGCGUGACAAGGACCAGGGUCCCAACGGGGAG